CACGACGUUGUAUCAAAAUGAGAAUUUUAAACUUUGCAAAGUGCCUACAAGUUUGUUUAUACUCGGUGAAUUUUAGUUUUCGUGUUUGAAGAUAAACUUUGUGAUGAUUUUGCUUUUGCUUCUUGUUUCUUCAGUUUCAGGCAUAGAAUGGGACGCGCCGACACCGUACGACCCGGUAUGGUUAGCUAGCGUGCAGACCUUUCCGCCUGCUGGCAAAGUUAAUGAAACCAGACUCUGGUUCUGGGGCUGGGUAUACGAACAAGAUGUUCAAUUCAAAUUAUUUACAAGGCGGAACCCUUACGAAGGACAAGAUAUUAAAACAAAUGAUACCGCAUCAUUGCGUAAUUCUAAUUUUAACUUCAAAAACAAGGUAAAGGUACUAACUCAUGGAUGGCUCAACCAUGGCUCGAGUCCAAUGCCAGAGUCGAUUAAAGAAGCAUAUUUAAACAUCAGUGAUCUGAACAUAAUAGUUGUCGAUUGGGGAAAUGCAGCAAAUGUUAACUAUAUACUGGCCAGUUACAACGUUGCUAUGGUAGGACGACUAUUGACUGAAUUCCUCAACUUUCUUAUAUCGGAGGGAGUGUCAAUGGAUGAUGUGCAUCUAAUUGGGCACAGUUUAGGUGCGCACGUGGUGGGUAUAGCUGGAGCGUAUGUGAAGCAAGGACCGAUUGAUACGAUUACAGGUUUGGACCCCGCGCUCCCGCUGUUCACACUGGGUAAUAAAGACGCGCGUCUAGAUAAGCACGACGCGCGUCACGUGGAGGUGAUCCACACGUGCGGCGGCUAUCUUGGCUUUGCAUCGCCUCUCGGACAUAUCGACUUCUAUCCUAAUGGUGGCACUCGACAGCCUGGCUGCAGAUUCGAUUACAGAGGUCUAUGCGCACACAACAGAGCACACAUGUUCUUCUCUGAAUCAAUUAUAUCAUCUGUGCCGUUCACCGCCGUGCGCUGCAAGGACUACGACGAACUUUAUUACAACGGCUCCUGCCAGGGCACCGGCGAGACGCUCAUCAUGGGCGGCUUUGACAUACAUUACGGAAAAGACGGGAUAUAUUAUCUUAAGACCAAUGCAGAACAUCCUUUCGCUAUAGUUGACGAAAAUAGCUAAUAAAUAACCAAAAAAUAUAUUUUGUUAAUAGGUUAUAUGUCAAAUUAUUCAAACUUUCGUGAGACAUUAUAAUAAACUGAUAGAAAAACAUAUACGUGGGUGUUUAGCCGUUUUUAUAUUUAUUUAGGUUAUAUGUCAAUGAGCUUGUGUGUAGCAAAAAAAAAACGUUUGUAAGUAUUUAUUCCAAUGUACAUGCUAAAGUUAAUAUUUUAAUUCGUAAGUGUAAUUGUUUGCUCAACAAUAUUGUUAGUAAAUUAUUUCUUCAGAAGCCUUUAAAUGACAAACUUUCCAUUUUAUAAUUUUAAGAAAUAAGCUAUGUCUUCUUUACCUUCUUGGUUUACAUUAAGUUUUAAAAAUUAGUAAAAAUAUUAGUUAAUUCGUUUU